AGAAAGGACAGGAGAAGAAAACACAGAGGAGAGUAGAGGUGUUUAAUGUGGCACCACCAUGCAGUAACUGCUGCUCCGUGACUGAGUAAACGCCUGGAUGUGAAAAAGCUCCACCAACCUGCUCUCACCUCCAGUCUCCACUCUCUGCUGACCUGAGUCCAAUGGCAAAGCAUGACCCGAACGACCCCCCUCCUCCUUACUACUCCGUUGCCAUGCACACCCAGCCCCCCCUCAAGCCCUAUGAGGAGGUGGUGUAUGGUGUGGGUCCAGGGCUGACUCCCCCGUCCCAUCCGCAUUACAUCCCCCAGUAUCCACCACCUGUGGUUGUUCCCCAGGUCACACGGUCAAGCAUACCCCCCAGCAGUAAGAGGAAGAGAUGCUGUGAUAGUAAUUCCCAGUGUUACGGAGGGUUAGGAGGAGCCUUACUGGUGCUUGGUCUGCUGGCACUGGCGAUCUGGCUUGGAGUUCGUUAUGGCACUCGGUUGGCAACUGUAGCAAUCCUCUACGAUGAUGACGACGAUGAUCAUAAAAAUGAAAAUCUGCUUUUGCCAAAGUAUGACACCUGCCCCAACAAUACUGUCCAAUGUGAUGCGAUAAGAGACUGCCAACUGGGCACUGACGAAACAAACUGUGUGAGGUUUGGCAAGGACAAUGGUUUGCAGGUCAAGACAUCUCAAGAUGGCCGCUUUCUACCAGUGUGCUACAAAGGCUGGGACCAGAACAUCGCCGACCGGACCUGCGCAUACCUAGGAUUCAGAAAGUCCUAUGUCACCAAAGCAAUACAAACCCAGGAGUCUAUUACUUUAACAUUGACCAGCAGAUCAGCUUCACCUAUCCAGGGUCUGGUAAAUGUCAGUACUUCCUGUCCAGACCAGAAGACUGUCUCCCUGCAGUGUAUGGACUGUGGUAAGCAGCAGACUACAUCCCGGAUCAUCGGGGGCAGCAUGGCUAAGGUGGGUCAGUGGCCUUGGCAGUUGUCACUCCACUUCAGAGGAUCCCACGUCUGCGGAGGAGUCUUGAUCUCUCCUGAUUUUGUGCUGACCGCUGCCCACUGCUUCCCAAGAGGCAACACUUUGACCCUCUUGGCAGAGAACUGGAAAGUAUAUAGUGGAGCUGUGUCUCUGGACAGACUACCUCAGCCCUACCUGGUUAAGAAGAUCCUACUGAACGAGGACUACAACAGCAAAACUAAUGACCAAGAUGUCGCUCUUCUCAAACUUAAAUCUCCAGUUGUUUUCAAUGAUAAAACUCAGCCAGCUUGUCUGCCAACCUUUGACCAGCAAUUUCCCCAAGGAACCAGAUGCUGGACCUCCGGUUUUGGCACCACUGUAGCAGGAUCCGGCACCGUAUCCAGGGAUCUGAUGGAGGUGACUGUGGACAUCAUUGGAAGAGAAGUGUGUAACAGCCCCAGUGUGUAUGGAGGCGCUGUGACUAAGAACAUGCUCUGCGCUGGGGACCUUGCUGGAGGCAAAGACUCCUGUCAGGGUGACAGUGGUGGACCUUUGGUGUGUCAGGGGGAGAGUCGUUGGUACCUGGUGGGGAUCACAAGCUGGGGAGCUGGCUGUGGUGAAAGAAACAAGCCUGGUGUUUACACCAAAGUCAGAAGUGUCCUGCCCUGGAUCUACAGCAAUAUGCAGCAAGAGAGGCCAUGAUAUCCCUUCGUCUCCUGCUGGUGGCAAUCUGCUUUCCCCACUUCACCCAAUGAACGCUGCACUAUGAAGUCGUCUCAGAGAGAUGGACAGGUUUACCCAUACAUGCAAAUUGCAUUUGAUGAGGAGGUACUGUGGACAGAAAGACAGACGGAUGAAAAGUUGCAUGCUGGUUUGGGGGAGUGGCACAACAAAUUGCUCAACUUGGACACAGGGCUUCUGUCUUGGUGUUCUGCAUCAUCUAUAUUCAUGUCAUACGGCAGUAAUGUGUAUUACCCGAAGCUGAUUAUUGAUACACACUAAUCGAUGCACUGACUUCAGUCUUGCAUUCUUGAUUUUAUUCUCCUGUCUCUUGGUGUCUCAGUCAUACAGAAUAUGUUGGUUUUAAGCAGGCUUUAAGGAUGGCUGGCCCUUCUCUUAUGUGUUCUGUGUCAAUGACACACAGUCCACUCUACUGUGAUCUCCUUAACUGGUUAGAGAAUGAUACUCUUUAAAAGAAAAUGAUUUAUGAUUGUCGAGGUGUGUUUUUCCUCAGGGACACAUCUCAGGCUUUUCAAUGUUGACGAUUGUUUACCAUAUUAAAAUAGGAAAGGACACUUUAUGUAUUCACUUUAUGAAGGAAGAAAGCAGUGUGACCCUUGACUCCCUUUUUGAGCUGGCACUCUGUCUGCACACCUAAACCUCCCCUAACGCUCACACUGUGAAAUUGUUCUCCUUUCAUUGUAUAUCAAUGUGUGUGUUCUCUGUCUGUCAUAUUUAUGUGCAUUUUGUCUAAUUGAGUUUUCUAUUUGUCUAAUGUAUGGGAUCACUGAGCGUUACACACUGAGCAUACACAAAAUAAAGAUCAAGGAAAAUCGUUAUAA